AAUAAGAAGAGCAAGAGACUUGCUCCACUGGAGAAUAGCGGGACAAAGAAAAAGUAGUUUUAGGAGAAAAGAAUAAAAGUAGUAAAGAAAGAUGGGAAGGGUAAUGUUUGUGAUCUUGCUAUGGCUGUCGGCCGGGACAUUAUUGUCGGUGGUCCGGGGUGAAGACCCUUAUCUGUUCUUUACAUUUAACGUUACUUACGGCACUAUCUCUCCAUUGGGUAUACCCCAGCAAGGCAUUCUCAUCAACGGGCAAUUUCCAGGACCCAAUAUCAAUUGCACCAGCAACAAUAAUCUUAUGAUCAAUGUGUUCAAUAAUCUGGACGAGCCAUUCCUUUUGACAUGGCAUGGUAUCCAACAAAGAAAGAAUUGCUGGCAAGACGGGGUUGCGGGAACUAGCUGCCCCAUUCCUCCGGGGACAAACUUCACGUACCAUGUGCAGGUGAAGGACCAGAUAGGCAGCUACUUCUACUACCCAAGCACAGCCAUGCAUAAGGCAGCUGGUGGAUUUGGUGGCCUCCGUGUAAACAGUCGCUUGCUCAUUCCUGUGCCAUACCCUGAUCCUGAGGAUGACUACACCGUUCUCAUCGGUGACUGGUACACAAAGAGCCACACCACUCUGAGGAAGCUCUUGGAUAGUGGCCGCUCCAUUGGCAGGGCCGAAGCCGUUCUCAUCAACGGCAAAACAGCUAAAGGCGAUGGAAAAGACGAGCCACUCUUCACCAUGAAGCCUGGAAAGACCUACAAAUACAGAAUAUGCAACGUUGGCCUUAAGGCCUCCCUAAACUUCAGAAUCCAGAGCCAUUCCAUGAAGCUUGUCGAGAUGGAAGGCUCCCACGUCGUGCAAAACAACUACGACUCUCUCGACGUCCAUGUAGGAGGAUGCUUCACUGUCCUCGUUACAGCGGACAAGGUGCCAAAGGAUUACUACAUGGUGGCUUCCACACGUUUCAUCAAGAGCGUUCUAACAUCUAAAGGCAUCAUCCGUUACGAAAAUGCUAAGGCUCCUGCCUCACCCGACCUCCCUAAGGCUCCGCUUGGUUGGGCUUGGUCUGUCAACCAAUUCCAUUCCUUCCGAUGGAACCUCAGCGCCAGUGCCGCCAGGCCCAACCCUCAGGGCUCCUACAAAUAUGGUAAUAUCAACAUUACCCGUACUAUCAAGCUCGUCAACUCAGCUAUUAGGACAAAGGGUAAGCUCCGUUAUGCCCUCAAUGGUGUCUCCCACGUCGAUCCCGAAACUCCGCUCAAGCUAGCUCAAUACUUUGAAAUUCCGGACAAGGUUUUCAAAUAUGAUACUAUCCCAGACAUCGCACCUUCUGACGUUGCAGAUUCUCUAUCCGUACAGCCAAAUGUUCUUAACAUUACCCAUCGCGACUUCGUCGAGAUCAUCUUUGAGAACCAUGAAAAAACAAUGCAAUCCUAUCACUUGGAUGGUUAUUCCUUCUUCGCACUAGCCAUAGAGCCAGGCAGGUGGACCCCAGAAAGGAGGAAGGACUACAACCUUCUUGAUGCCGUGAGCAGACACACAAUUCAGGUCUUCCCAAAAUGUUGGGCGGCCAUCAUGUUGACAUUCGACAAUGCUGGAAUGUGGAACCUAAGAUCUGAGCAUGCUGAGAAUCGCUACUUAGGGCAACAACUCUACAUUAGCGUUUUGUCCCCUGAACGUUCCCUCAGGGACGAGUUAAACAUGCCAGAUAUUCAACUUCUUUGCGGUCUUGUAAAGAAUUUGCCAAAGCCAGCACCAUACACAUAAGAACAAUAGAAGAGUGUAGAUAAAGGGUUCGAGUACAUCGUUGUGUCUCAACCCUUUUAGAAAUGCCUUACAAUUCUUUCCAAAUAAAAAUUUUUGUUUUGUUCACUAUGUAUUAUGUAUUUUCUAAGUAAAAAAUGCAUCUCGAUCUCUCUAGAAUCAAAGUGAUGUACCUUAUGCAUUUUUUUUCACAAAUGAGACGUGAUUUUAGCCAUUCGAGACACA